AUGGAAACUUCUUCACCAAUAGCUGCCAUGCAGGCAAAUCCUCUGAUGCCAUCCUGGGCUCGAAGCAACAUCUACAGUUCAAACUCACACGGAAACUUUUCAUCCAACAUAUUUGGGCCCGGAGCCUUCAACUUUCGAGACUUGAGCAUGAAGAAAGCAAAUCAACCCGAUUACUUCGGCUCGGGUAAUCCUCUCCAUGGAUCUUCCCCCACUACAAGCCUCGCAGCAGACCUAUCCCAAAACUUCCACAUUGACAUGAGCCCACAACUACCGACACCACGUCGGUCGCUUUUUACGUCGAACCUACUCGCAGCAGAAUCCCGAGAGUUAUCCGUGUUGACGCCUCCUUUACACCCUUCAACACCCGGUCCACUUCACGAGCACAUGGAUAUCUCUCCCCUCCCCCACAAACAACCCCAUUUUGCUCAGAUUGAGAUGAUGUCACCCUCUCCCGUUAACAACUCAGAAGACAAUAUACCAUCAUCUCCCCCCCUACUUCCAUUUUCCGAGAUUAACCGUUCCAACCUCGGAGUUGAGCGGAAGAAGUCAAUUCUCUCACGACCUGGAUUGGCCCGAGCCAAGGGGCUCUCCACUAAUUCUGUUCCCUGCCGAAAGUUGGACAGCUCCCAACAUCCGUUCCGCUUUGGCGCUGGUAGUAGUAAGCUUUCGAAUAAUACAACCAUGUCAUUAGAGGAAUGUUUCCAUGACUCUCCAUCUCAUGAACUCAAGUCGCCUCUCUCUGCCAGUCCCCUCACCAACAAUGCACCUCGUUUAGGAAAAGCUUUCGUCAGCAACGCCAGUGGCGUUGCAAGACAGACCGGAUCACCAUUGGGUACUUGUGCGCGAAGGCCAUAUAACCCCUUAAUACGGCCUCGAAAACAAUUUCGCCGGUCUCUUAGCAUGUUUGAAAAUCCAUGUGAAAUGGUGAAUGCCAAGAUGGAUGAAAGCGUGGUAAGUAAUUUGCAGACUGUUAUGGACAUCGAUGAACUAUAUCAACCAGUCUUACCCCAUUUUUUCAAAGAAGGUAGCCCGGACAGUAUACCUAGGAUUAGUCAAAAUACGCUCCUCCGAAUCCUAGACGGCGAAUUUUCCAGUCAGUUCGAUGAGCAAAUGAUUAUCGACUGUCGAUUUGAAUAUGAGUUUGUCGGUGGUCACAUAAAUGGAGCUAUCAACUUUAAUGACAAAGAACUUCUCUCCGGCAAACUUUUUGUGCCCGGAAGAUCAAAGAAGACUUUGCUCGUCUUCCACUGUGAAUACUCAGCACAUAGGGCCCCAAUCAUGGCCCGCCACAUUCGCAAGCAAGACCGGGCAAACAAUGCUGAGCAAUACCCAAAACUUACCUAUCCAGACGUUUACAUCCUAGAUGGCGGAUAUAGCUCUUUCUUUUCCCAAUAUCGUAGUCGCUGCUACCCACAGAAUUACGUUGAAAUGGACGACAAGGAACACGUAUUUACUUGUGAACGUGAGAUGGGUCGUCUCCGGCAGAACCGUUCCAAGUUCAGCCGAGCGCAGACCUUUGCAUUCGGGCAAGCCCAGGUCGAAGAUAGUCCAACUGCGCCACACCGAUGCCGGACAAACGCUAGUAAUGACAUCGAGACUAUGAGUGGGAUUUCAUCGCCCAUCUCAUGUGGUAGACGUUUAGUGUCCUACUAA